GGAGGUGCCCUCGCCCCCGCCGCGUCUCGGCUGCUCUUGCGCCGGCGAGAGGCAGCCGCGGCGGGUCCCGGCAAGCGAGGGGCGCGCCUUGACCCCCUCGGCAGCCCCCGGGGACGCAACCUCCGACAGAAAGGCACCUGUCUACCUUUGAAAACACAACGAUGUGAAUGGUCCAGAGGAAGCAAAAGGAAGCAGUGCAUAACGAUCCACUGAAGUUGUUUUCCGUAGAGAGACACUCUCAUGGAGUGAUUUCCUGGGUCUUCAUGCAGUCAUGGAUAUGGAUAAACCAUCUGUCUGGGGCUCUUUGAAACAGCGGACCAGGCCUUUGUUAAUCAACCUGAGCAAGAGAAAGGUGAAGAAGAAUGCAAACAAACCCCUAGAUCUAAGGGCAAGGCGUCCCCUGGACCGCCGCCUCAGCCUUUCUGUCCCUGACCUCCUGGAGGCCGAGGCCUUGGCCCCAGAGGGGCGGCCUUACUCUGGGCCCCAGUCGUCCUAUACCUCAGUGCCCAGCAGCCUGUCGACUGCAGGGAUCUUUCCCAAGAGCAGCAGUAGCUCCUUGAAACAGUCUGAAGAAGAAUUGGAUUGGAGCCAGGAAGAAGCAGGCCACCUCCACGUGGGGGAAACAGACUCCGAGGAGGCCUAUGCCUCUCCUGCCGAGGACAGGAGACCUUCCAGCAAUGACAUCUUGGAUCUGCUCCAGAAAACUCCCCUUGAAGAGGAUGCACUGGAAGAGCCGGAGAAGCUAUGCGGCAGUGGUGAUCUGAAUGCUUCUCUGACAUCCCAGCAGUUUGAAGAACGAUCUAUGUUUGGGGAAGCCGGCGAUGGCGUGAGUAACCUGCCCAGUCCUUUUGCCUACCUCCUCACCAUACACCUGAAGGAAGGCCGCAACCUGGUCAUCCGAGAUCGCUGCGGCACCAGCGAUCCCUAUGUGAAAUUUAAGCUGAAUGGGAAGACGCUGUACAAAAGUAAAGUCGUAUAUAAGAACUUGAAUCCAGUGUGGGACGAGGUAGUUGCACUUCCCAUUCAGAGCCUUGAUCAAAAGCUCCGUGUGAAGGUAUAUGAUCGGGAUUUAACCACAUCCGAUUUCAUGGGUUCGGCCUUUGUCAUUCUCAGAGAUCUUGAGCUUAACAGGACGACUGAACAUAUUUUAAAAUUGGAAGACCCCAACAGUUUAGAAGAAGACAUGGGGGUCAUUGUGUUAAAUUUGAACCUAGGAGUAAAACAGUGCGAUUUCAAGAGACAUCGUUGGUCAAACCGGAAGCGGCUGAGUGCCAGCAAGUCCUCUUUGAUACGCAACUUGCGACUCUCAGAGUCCUUGAAAAAGAACCAACUCUGGAAUGGGAUUAUAAGUAUAACCUUGUUGGAAGGGAAGAAUGUAUCAGGAGGAAGCAUGACAGAAAUGUUUGUCCAGUUAAAACUGGGAGACCAGAGGUAUAAAAGUAAGACACUGUGUAAGAGUGCAAAUCCGCAGUGGCGGGAACAGUUUGACUUUCACUACUUCUCUGACAGGAUGGGCAUUUUGGACAUUGAAGUGUGGGGAAAGGACAGCAGAAAGCACGAGGAACGUCUGGGCACGUGCAAAGUGGAUAUCGCAGCGCUGCCUCUGAAGCAAGCCAACUGCUUGGAGCUGCCCCUGGAGAGCUGCCUGGGGGCCCUCCUGAUGUUGAUCACGCUCACUCCCUGUGCUGGCGUCUCCGUCUCUGAUCUGUGCGUGUGCCCCUUAGCAGACCCCAGCGAGAGAAAGCAGAUUGCCCAGCGAUAUUGCUUACAGAAUUCCCUGAAAGAUAUGAAGGACGUCGGCAUUUUACAAGUGAAGGUCUUAAAGGCAGUAGAUCUCUUAGCAGCGGAUUUCUCAGGGAAGAGCGAUCCUUUUUGCUUGUUGGAGUUAGGCAAUGACCGACUUCAGACACACACCAUUUACAAAAACCUCAACCCUGAGUGGAACAAAGUUUUUACAUUUCCUAUUAAAGAUAUCCACGAUGUUUUGGAAGUGACAGUGUUUGACGAAGAUGGAGAUAAACCUCCUGAUUUUCUUGGAAAAGUUGCCAUUCCCUUGCUGUCCAUUCGAGAUGGACGACCAAAUUGCUACAUAUUGAAGAAUAAAGAUUUAGAACAAGCUUUUAAAGGAGCUAUUUACUUGGAGAUGGACCUCAUAUAUAAUCCGGUCAAGGCGAGUAUUAGGACCUUUACUCCCAGAGAAAAGCGCUUUGUUGAAGAUAGCCGCAAGCUGUCCAAGAAGAUCUUAUCAAGAGAUGUAGACCGUGUGAAAAGAAUCACCAUGGCAAUGUGGAAUACAAUACAGUUCCUUAAAAGCUGCUUCCAGUGGGAAUCCACGUUAAGAAGUGCAGUAGCGUUUGUGGUAUUUUUGGUCGCCGUCUGGAAUUUUGAACUGUACAUGAUCCCCCUGGCCUUAUUACUCCUCUUCAUCUACAAUUUCAUCAUUCUCACAAAAGGGAAGACGGGCAGCAUCCAGGACAGCCAGGAGAGCACAGACGUAGACGAAGAGGAGUAUGACGAUGACAAGGAAUCCGAGAAAAAGGGGUUAAUUGAAAGAAUCUAUAUGGUACAGGAUAUUGUUUCAACUGUUCAAAACAUCUUGGAGGAAAUAGCUUCUUUUGGAGAAAGAAUUAAAAACACGUUUAACUGGACGGUCCCAUUCCUUUCCUUCCUGGCCUGCCUGAUCCUGGCAGUGGCCACCGUCACUUUGUAUUUUAUUCCACUCCGGUACAUCGUUUUAAUCUGGGGCAUAAAUAAAUUUACUAAGAAGCUUCGAAAUCCCUAUGCCAUCGACAAUAAUGAGCUGUUAGACUUCCUCUCCAGGGUACCGUCUGAUGUUCAAAAGGUGCAGUACGCUGAACUGAGACCCUGCAGCAGCCACAGCCCCCUUCGGAAGAAGCGCAGUGGCGUCUAGGACACGCGCCAACUCUGGCCACCGGCACCCGAAUCCCUGUGGGGUCGAUGAGACCCGUGAUGUCUCUGUUCCACCGGUGGUCCCCACGGUGUCUUUCCAAAACACGUGGCUGUGUGGAGCCCUCCCCCUCUUCUCCCCGCUUCUCCACGGGCACCGAUUGCACACGUGUGCGCACGUCCACGCACACGGGUGUGCCGGUUGUGUAGCAGGUUGGCCCCUCGCAAGGAAACAAGCCAGAGACCGUGAAGGACUGAUGUCCCUUCUCCCGUAGAAGGUAACGUAAGGCUGUCAGGGGUCUCAACAGCCUCCUUGAAAACAGCCGGGAGUCCACCUGGAUUCAAGAGGGACUUUGAACUUGUUAUGGUGCCUCCACCAGAUUCUCCUGAAGAUCCGGUCAUGUCCACUCCCGUCUGCACACUGCUUUCAGAUUGUUGUUCAUGUGAGGCAGUCGGUUUCUCCGAGUUAGCAAAUCCUUGGUAGCUAUCGUCUCCCUACAUAGUGUAUAUCAUGCAUAGAUUUUUAAAUAAUGACCCAGAUCAGCUCAAGUCUUUGGGAGUCUUUCGGCCGGGAUUACUGAAGACCCGUAUGGAAAAUUGUGGUCAACACCUCGGCGCUGGAUGCCAGCCUCUUUCACCGUCCAUUGCUGGCGAUGGAAGGCCCCGGAAAGUCCAAAGGGACCACUCGUCCAAAAAGCGAAGGUUUCAGGGAGAGUAUUUGGUUGCCUUAAAAACGCCAUUUCUUCUGACUUGACUUCGCUUUAUUUCCAAAAUAAAAUGUCAAUAUUAUAGGUGCAGGACGUGGGGGAUGAAUGAAUGAAUUCUGAAAGUAUUUAGAAAGAAAGAUAAAGGCUGGGGAGCAAGGGACUAACGAAUGAAGGUGGACCGCUCACCUGAUUGUCGUAAUCCCUUCAUUCGCCCGCAUUUGGGGGCAGAAAGUAAAAAUAAGGCAGCAGUCCAAAAUGAUCUUUCGUUCCUGAGCAAAAUAAUCUGCAUGUAAUACAUCUAUAUCUCAGAACCGUGUUCCUAGAAAAGCAUCAUCCCCAAAUCCUGCAUAGUAUCUGAUGCCUACAGCCCCCAUUUCAUAGUACCCCCCAGGUAAAAACCCCGAUUUUGUGCAUAUAUAAAAUGUAUGCCAAUAUCUUUAUGUUCAAAUGAUAUUUAAGUUGUAAAGACCGUAUUUAGUUGACACAUACUUUAUGCAGUUUUAUAUAUAUAUAUAUAUAUAAUAUAUAUAUAUGUAUUGUAAAGAAAAGUCGAGGUAAAAAAAAACAGAUUUAAUAGUGAGUUUUGCUAUUUUUUUUCCUCUCUGGGUUGUAAUUUAAUAAUCUUCAAACAAAAUGUUUAUGAAAAAUGCCAAAGAUUCUAAACCUUAUCAUCCCGUGUCUGUUUUUCUUCAUAUUAUAUCUUCCUGGGUUUCUUUCUGGCUGAGCCAGAUUUCUGCAUGAUUUGAUUUGCUUCAAGUUAAUGAAGCUGGUUGGAAAAGAGCCUUGCAGAAAUUAUAAAAGCUCCAGUAAAUCUCUUAGUUGUACAUACAAUAGAUAUCCAAGAACCUCUUUUGUGAAACCAGUUACUCAAUCUUCUGUGUAAACAAUGCCUCAUUGUCUCACUCCCGACUAUCAUGUAGUUUAUCAUAGUCUGUCAUUUUGUAACGACCUAAGUCAGACAUUUUUAAACAGACACGUGAGAUCUGAUCAGUCAUUCGAAUGAAAACUUUCAGCAAGCAAAAUAACCCCUGAUUUAUUUUUAAAAGUAGCACUGAUACUUUAUUGUUGUUCUUUGGCUAUGCAAUUUCAAAAUGAAAAAAUUUGUCCAACAAGGAGCCAUCAUUAGCGACUCUUCCUCCCUCUGUCACCCAACAGGAAUUCGGAGCGUUAAGUUUAGGAUGCAGACAGCAGCUGGGAUUCGGGACCGAAUCAACCUUUAAUAAACUGUCAAUGGAAAACAAGUGUUAAUUGAUUAAGGAGGCUUUGAAGGUUAAAAAUGUUAGUUGUAAGGGGAAUGUGAAGACUUGUACAAGUAAUCAAACUCAGAUGAAAGAUUCCAGAAUGCUUUAUAUAAAAUUUAUGGAUUGUGGAUUCACAGUACGAUCAUUAAAGAUAAUUUAGUAGGAAUGUU